AUGUUGACCCUAACUCUCACUGCAGACUUGACGGGCGUGACUGAGUUGAGGCCGGACGACACACCCGAGGAGCCAUUCUGGUACACAUUCAAAGUCCAGUGCACCUCCUGCAGAGAGGUACAUCCAAACUUUGUGAACGUUAGUCGCUUCGAAGCGAACGACAUGAGUGGCAGUCGAGGGGAGGCAAACUUUGUCUGGAAAUGCAAGUCUUGCAAGAGAGAAUCAUCUGCAACAAUCAAGGCACCCCCUAUCCCAUAUCAGCAGGCAUCCCCACCAACGCGCCAGAAGAUUAUUGAGUUUGAUUGUCGAGGGUUGGAGUUCACGGAAUUUAAGCCAGAGGGUGAUUGGCUGGCCACUGGUCUUGAGUCCGGCAGUAAAUUUGCAGCUAUUGAUCUCACCGAGGGAGAAUGGUUUGACUAUGAUGAGAAAGCAGGAGAUGAAGAACAAAAUGAAGCUAGUCGCAACCUCAAGUUUAACGAGCAAGGCAAGGCGCAAAACAUCCCCCACGCGCCCUCUACAUACAUCACCAACCCAACCUCCAAGAUGAGUAACUUCAUGCCCAUCAACCCGCGGCCGAUGCUGCAAAACCUUGUCAACGAGGAAGUCGUCAUCCGUCUCAAAUGGGGUCAAACCGAGUACAAGGGCCGCCUGGUUAGCAUCGACAGCUACAUGAAUAUCCAGUUGUCGGGUGCGGAGGAGUGGAUUGAUCAAGAAAUGACGAGUUCUUUGGGCCAGGUUCUGAUAAGAUGCAAUAACGUCUUAUGGAUUCAAGGAGCGAACCAGAAUAACGGAAAUGGGGACGUAAAGAUGGAGGGUUGA